AUAAAAUGAAGUACAAUUAGACAAAGUUUUUGAAUCCAAUAGACAUAAUUUAUUACGUGUCAAAAUAUUCCAAUUUGAUCAGUGAUUGUAGUUACUGGUGGUUGAUCAGUGAUCAUCGCAGACCAGUAGAUGAUCCGAUGAACCGAACUAUGCUGACAAGGAUUCUUUCGAAUCCAGGUAAUGUCAAAACAAAGUUUCAAGCUUUACAACUUCAUGCUCAAAUUAUCAUAACUGGUAAUACCUCAUCUUCUUCUCACACAUCAACACUAAUUUCAAUCUACUCAAACUUCAACAAUCUCUUACAUUACACCAUUCUUCUCUUUCACACACUUCACUCUCCUCCUUCCUUAGUAGCAUGGAAAUCCAUCAUCAGAGCCUACACUUCCCAUACUCUUUUUCAUCAAGCUCUCUAUUCUUUUAUUCAAAUGCGUGGCUUUGGGAUAUACCCAGAUCAUAAUAUCUUCCCUUCUGUCCUAAAAUCAUGUGCUGUAAUCAUGGAUUUGAGAUUGGGUCAAUCGGUUCAUGGGUCUAUUAUUCGUUGUGGUAUGGGUUCGGAGUUGUAUACGUGUAAUGCUCUCAUGAAUAUGUAUUUUAAAUUUCAGGGCUUUGUUGCUCUUAAUGUGUUUGAUGAAAUUCCUCAACGAAAGGGAGUUUGUUGUACUAAAGAUCUAAGCUUUGGUUCUUCUGAAAGUGAAAGAAAAAUAGGAUCUUUUGAUGAUAGUGUGAGAAAAGUGUUUGAAUUGAUGCCGAAAAGGGAUGUUGUUUCGUGGAAUACAGUGAUUGCGGGGAAUGUACAGAAUGGUAUGUAUGAAGAGGCUUUGAUAAUGCUUAGGGAAAUGGGGAAUGCUAAUCUAAAGCCUGAUUCUUUCACUUUGUCUAGUGUUGUUCCUAUAUUUGCUGAAUAUGUGGAUGUUAUUAAAGGUAAAGAGAUUCAUGGUUAUGCCAUAAGGAGUGGGUUUGAUUCAGAUGUAUUCAUUGGAAGCAGCUUAAUUGACAUGUAUGCAAAGUGUACUAGAAUGGAAGAUUCACUUCGUGUUUUCGAUCUUUUACCUCGUCGUGAUGCCAUUUCAUGGAAUUCGAUCAUUGCAGGUUGUGUACAGAAUGGAGCAUUUGAUGAAGGUCUGAGAUUCUUUAGGCUGAUGUUAAGUGCUAAAAUUCAGCCAAUGCCGGUAACCUUUUCGAGUAUCAUGCCUGCUUGUGCUCACUUAACAACUCUUCAUUUAGGUAAGCAACUCCACGGAUACAUUAUUAGGGGUAGAUUCGAUGAAAAUGUGUAUAUUGCUAGCUCACUUGUAGACAUGUAUGGUAAAUGUGGGAACAUUAGGAUGGCUAGGUGGAUUUUCGAUAGAAUAGAGUCACAUGACAUAGUGUCAUGGACUGCCAUCAUUAUGGGAUAUGCUUUGAAUGGCUAUGGAAAUGAUGCCAUUUCCCUAUUUGAACAAAUGGAAAAAGAGGGAAUAAAACCUGGUUAUGUCUCAUUUAUAGCUAUAUUAACUGCUUGUAGUCAUGCUGGAUUGAUCGAUAGAGCGUGGGAGUAUUUUAAUUCUAUGACUGAAAAUUAUGGGAUUGCUCCUGGUUUGGAGCACUAUGCUGCAGUUGCAGACCUUCUUGGUCGAGCUGGAAGAAUUCAUAAAAAAACCGAAUUGGCUGUGAAAGUUGCUGAGAAAAUAUUUGGUGUUGAUCCUGACAACAUGGCUGCUUACGUGCUUUUGUCAAAUGUUUACGCUAUUUCUGGGAGAUGGAAAGAAGUGGCAAAGCUGAGAAUCUGUAUGAGGAACAAGGGAAUGAGAAAGAAGCCAGCUUGUAGCUGGAUUGAGAUUAAAAACAAGGUUCAUGCUUUUAGUGCAGGAGACAAAUCACACCCUUACUAUGACAGAAUUAAUGAGGCUUUGAAAGUUCUUUUGGAGAAGAUGGAAAGAGAAGGGUAUGUUGCUGAGACAAAUGAGGUUCUCCAUGAUGUUGAUGAGGAACAAAAGAAAACAUUGUUGUUUAGCCAUAGCGAAAGACUCGCUAUUGCCUUUGGGGUCAUCAACUCGCCUGCUGGUACAACUAUUCGAAUCACAAAGAACAUUCGGGUUUGUGUGGACUGUCACACAGCAAUCAAAUUUAUGUCGAAAAUUUUAGGGAGGGAGAUCAUUGUGAGAGACAAUAGCCGUUUUCACCAUUUUAAUGGCGGGCAGUGUUCAUGUGGAGAUUACUGGUGAUGAAGUAAGAAACACAUAAUGGAAGGCAUAUGAUUUGAUAGAGUGUUUGUUGAUAAAUUGCAAAGCAAAUACAGUGACUUUGAGAAGUUUGAUGAG